AUGAUCCUCGCGAGCUCCCGCGCGGCGCUCGCGCCCGCCCCGCCGCGAGCGCGCGCCCCGCGCGUCGUCGUCGGCAAGUCAUCAUCCGCCAAUUCCUCAUCGCGCGGCCGCGUCGCCGUCGCGUCCUCCUCCUCCUCCCUCGCGGCUCGCGUCUUCGGUGCGAAGACGCGAGCCGCCGCCAGACGCGCGCCGCGCGGCUUCGCGCCCCCGCGCGCGGCCGCGAACGAGCCGCCGAAGGCCCCCGGGUUCGAGGGCGCGCCGAUGGACCCGGGAUCGCCGCAGGGCCAGCUGCUCGCGCACGUCCUCGACAACGAGCCGCAGCUCUUCGACGCCGCGGUGGAGGCGACGCUCGACCGCUUAUGCGACGAGAUCGACGACGCGGAGAGCGCGUCGAACGGCGUGAUCGACGUCACGAACGACGACGGCGACGGGAACGCGGCGGACAGGGCGGCGCCCAAGAAGGGCGGCGAGCUCGUGCUCUUCCGCAGGAUUCAAGAGAUGCGCGCGAUGGAACGCAGAAGCGGCGUGCAGGACGUCAUGUACGCGCAGAUACUCCAAAAGUUCAUGACGAUCGGCGUGGACAUGCUCCCGCCGCUGGACGACACCACGCUCAUCAUGCGCGGCGUGGACUUGAACCAGCUCACGAAGGGCGUGCACUCCGUGGAGGCGUUGGAGAUGGUGAAGGAGCACCUCCUCGGUAUGCUCGGCCCCGAGGCAUCCACCGCGUAUUCGAACACGAUGGUGCGAAUGUCGAAACUGCAGGCGGCGCAGAUGUACGCGGCGUCGAUCAUGUUCGGGUACUUUCUGAAGAGGGCGGACAAGCGGUUCUCGUUGGACCGCGCGAUGGGGACGCUGCCGAUGAAUCCGAUGGAGUCGGCGGCGGCGUUGGAGGCGCUGUUCAACAGCGCGAGCGCGAUGGACUCGAUGGACGAGGCGGACGUCCCGUUCGCGGGGGCGUCGGAGUUUCCCGGGUCUUCGGGGCCGACGUUCGACGUCGCGUCGAACAGCACGGACGACGACGCCGCGACCGCGACCGCCGCGGGCGCGGGCGCGGCGGGCGGCGGGAGCACGACGCUGAAGCAGUACAUUCAGUCGUUCGACCAGCAGGCGCUCUCGGACACCGCGCGGAUCGUGUCGCUGGAGGGCGUCGUCCUCGCGGAGCGGCAGACCGGCGCGCUGUUCGGGUCCGUGGAGGAUCUCGCGAUGGAGAUGAAGGAAGCGCUCGAGAGCGGCGGCGUGGAGAUAAACUCCGCGGACGAGCUCAUGUCGAGGGUGCAGGAAGUCGUCGGCGCGGGCAAGGUGAAGACGUUGACGGUGCCGGUGGCGACGCAACGGCGGAUCGUCUUGGAGGCUGUCGCGUUCGGGUCGUUCCUGCGGGACGUCGAGAGCGGCGUGGACGCGCGGGAUGGGAGGUUGCUGACGCCCGCGCCGAGCGCGGGGAGGGGGAGGGAGCCGCCGGGGCUCAUCGGAGGCGCGGCGUGAGCGUGUGCGCGCGUCUUAUUUAAAAUGCCAUGUGGCGAUUUUUGUGUACUGCCAGCUCACUCGCGCGAGGUGAGCUCUUCGAGUA